AUGUCGGAGCAACAGGCUGAGCGCUCUGAGAGCGCCUCUUCAUCGCAUAUCGCAAACCCUGAAGUUACAGCUGAGUCACAGCACGUCACCGCUGUAUCGCUGGGCGAAUUAUCCACCUGGAGUCGCUAUGAAGGGUCCCAUCGACCCCUGAGACGAAGUGGACGCAGCAAUAAACAACAAACGGAUCCAGAAUCGACACCUGAAGAUACUUCAGGUGAACGCGAAGCCACGUCUUGUCAGAAUGGUGACGUGUCUGCGACGUCGGUAUCUGCUGAACACGAAGAUCAGACAGGUUCCCAGGCCGCGUCCACAGACAGUAUUUUCGCAAACACAAUACUGGAUCCAAAUGUCGACAUCGCAUCUAUUGCUGCCAGCAGUUCGGCUAACACUUUAGAAUCGGUAUCAGUGCAAAGCUCGGCGUUAUCAAUUCGGGCCAAAAAUGCGCUGAAGCUUUCGGAUACACGGCGCCAAGAUUGGAGAGCUAAUGCAGUUUCAACCGUGGUGAAAGACCCAAUCGUCCCUUACAAGGAUGUCCUAGAACGAAUUCGCACCAACUACAAGCUGAAAGAGCUGAAGGAGGAGGACUACAUCGGCUGCCUGGAGACGAUAAUCGAGCGCGACUACUUUCCGGAUGUCGUCAAACUUCGGCUGACCAACGUGUUGAUGGAAGCAGAGUCUAGAGGUGACACCGCAACUGCAGCAGUUAUCAGGAAAAGACUGGAAGAACACAACAACGGCCAUGAGAUGAACGUCAACCUCAAAACGCUCGGCAACGAAAACGUCUCGAUCAACAUCGGCAAAGGCGGGCUGAAACUCGACCAGUUCAGCCGAAUUUUCACCUCCGAGGACAACCGGAGCUUCGGCAGGUUGAUGGAGCAAACCAUCAUCCGCAACAACAACCGGAGCCGUUGGAUGGAGGAGGGCGAAAAGAAACACAACCUGGCCCUUGCCGACACCCAGCAGAAAACCAACCUCGGCAUCAGGGAUUCAAACGUGCUCUCCAACAGAGCUGUGAGCCGCAAUGCGUUUUUCUUCAACCAAGGCGACGGCAAAGCUAACGAUAAGUCGCAAGCUCCGCUGAUCCGCAGCACCAACACGUACAUGCCGCCGGAUUAUGAGCAGCGCCUGGCUGAGUUGGAUUCGAAGCAGAAAUCUAGGCGCCUAGAAAAAGUGAAGGACAUGUACCACGGAAAGGUUAACGACCUCAUCACGCAGUUCGGUUUCCGUGAGUGCAGGGAGCUUGUGGACCCCGAGCAAAUGUCAAAGUACAACUUUGUGCAUACGCCGCUCACCGCGCCCAACGAUCCGCAGGAAUACGCAGUUCCUAAACCCAUUCCGCGCGAGGAACUAGCUGAGCAGUUGCGCAAAAAGUACAACUCAUCAUCGGCUAGAACCCCAAUGGCCAAGACCCCUAGCUGCCGCACUCCACUUCUUGUUCAGCGGCUCAUCGAGAAGCACAACCGCGGGGCGGACAUGCAACUGCGCGAAUCAUACAGCAGCUCCAAGCGCUCUAGAGGUUCAGUGCGCAGCGGCGUCUCCCUAAAGAACUAG